AUGUCCAUCUCGCUGGAAGUACAGGAAAAGGCAAAGGCGAUCAUCCUGGCGGGCCUUCGCGCUCAGCCCCACGGCUCGGUGCGAUUCUGUGACAUUCACGCCACGGUAAGGUUGGACGCAGAUGACGAAGAGUUCCUCGAUAUAUCCGUCAUCUAUGACGGCCCUCGCGCGGAUCUGAAUUUCCGCCUUCUCAUCUCGCUGCAUGACGAGAUAGAGCCACAGUUGCGCGAAAUGGGCAUACGGCACGUUCCCUCAGUCGGCUAUAUCGACAAGGCGGAAUGCGGCCAACCGCUUGCCAAGACUUCAGCGACACUCCCUCCCUCAUCGGCAGGCGAGCGAACUAACCGGACGCUUUACGGACAAUCAGGUCAAAGAAUUGACGGCUGCGCGAUGAAAACUGGAAAGGUCUACUUGGUCGGGGCUGGGCCCGGCGACCCGGGAUUGCUCACCGUCAAGGGAGCCCAGGCGUUGGCCGCCGCUCAGGUGGUGGUGUAUGACCGGCUGCUUGAUCCGUCCCUGGUGGCGUUGGCGCCGACGUCGGCGGAGCGCGUGUUUGUGGGCAAGGAACGGGGCCGGCAGGCGUUGACCCAGGCGGGGAUCAACGAGUUGCUCGUCGCGGAGGGGUCGGCCGGCAAGACGGUGGUGCGACUCAAGGGUGGCGACCCAUUCGUCUUCGGCAGGGGAGGCGAAGAGGCGAUGGCACUGGGCGAGGCCGGCGUCCCGUUUGAAAUCGUGCCGGGAGUCACGUCGGCGGUGGCCGCUGCCGCAUACGCCGGCAUUCCGGUCACACAUCGAGGGGUGUCCACCGCGGUUACGAUCGUCACGGGCAGCGAAGACCCGAGCAAAGGCGAAACCACCACCGAUUGGACGGCCCUGGCUAAAACCGGUGGCACGCUGGUGACAUUGAUGGGCUGGGCAGCGCUCCCUGGAAUCGCGGCCACGCUCCAGGCCAACGGCAUGGCCGGCGACACUCCCGCAGCCCUGGUGCAGUGGGGAACCUGGAGCCGACAGCGGACGGUCACGGGGACAAUCGCCGACAUCGCGGAGCGAGGCAAGGCGGCGGGUCUCGGCGCGCCGGUGAUCGCUAUCAUCGGGGAGGUGGCCCGGCUGCGGGAGGACAUCGCCUGGUUCGACCGGAGGCCACUAUGGGGCAAGCGGGUGCUGGUGACGCGCUCCCGGACGCAGGCAUCACGGAUGAUCGAGCUGCUGACCGAAUUGGGGGCGGAACCCAUCGAAUUGCCGUCCAUAGAGAUUGGGCCCCUGGAUGAUUACGGAGACCUCGACGAUGCUCUGAAAGAAACGGCCCACGUUCCCGGGCGAUGGGUGAUAUUCACCAGUGUCAAUUCAGUGGAGUACGUUUGGGAACGGUUGCGGGCAUUGGGGAAGGAUGCCCGGUACUUUGCCGGCGCGACAGUGGGCGCCAUCGGGCCGGCGACGGCGCGGGCGCUGCGGGAACGGGGUAUCGAGCCUGACUUCAUUCCGAGGCGCUCGGUGUCGGAGGAGGUAAUUGCCGAACUGUCGGAGAUUGACUGGACCGGACGCCUGGCGUUGCUGCCGGGCUCAGCCAUCGGGAGGGAUGCGCUGGCCGCCGGGCUGACCGCGCUGGCCGCCGAUGUGCGGCGGGUUCCCGCCUAUCGCAACGUGCGUCCGGAGGGCAUCGCAGAGCGGGCGCGAACCGCAUUUGAGCGGGGCAUCGAUGUGGUAACCUUCACGAGUUCGUCAACGGUGCGGAACCUGUUCGACAUUCUCGGUGUGGAUCGCCAUUUGCUGCAAGGAAGCGCAGUCGCGUGCAUCGGGCCGAUCACGGCAGCGACGGCCGUAGAAUUGGGACUGACCGUUGACAUCAUGGCUGCGGAACACAACGUGGAAGGGCUGGCCGACGCGUUGGUCGCUCAUUUCUCCGGCGGCCAGAACGCUGUCGCCACUCGUUAA